AUGGGUAACACGGUCGGUUCCCGGAAGUUGGACGCGGCCGGAAAAGUUGUAUUGUCUGACGGAAGAGUACAGAACUUGGAGGAAGAGACGACGGUAGCUGAGAUUAUGCUGGAGAAUCCACAACACGUGGUUGUCGAGUUUGAUCCGUCAUCGAUAUCGUUCAACAACCGCCAUCGGAAAAACAAUGGAAACUCGGUGAAGAAAAAGCUGACUCCUCUACCGGCGGACAAGACACUCGAGCCGGGGAAGAUCUAUUUGGUGCUUCCCGCCAAAAGAGGCGGUGCCAAACCGUCAUCAGCGGGGAUGACUUCAGAGGAGAUACGGAAAAUGCUGUUUAGCGCGACGGCGAUGGUAAGGUCAUCGUUUAGCUCCUAUGAUGGGAUUCUUCCUUGGUUUACUACUAGAAGUUUUAAUAAUAAAAAUGGUAAUAAUCCGGCGGCUGAUGCGGUGGUUGCUGCUACAUCGGUUGGAAGAUUGGAGGCGGAGGCGGAGACGGAUGAGGAAGGUAGACCGGAGUUUUUGAGCCGGCAACUAUCGGGAAGAGGGUGGAAACCAAGCUUGGAUCCAAUCACAGAAAAGAAAGCAAAGAAGAAAAUACAUCAACUGUUGUUGUUUUGA